UCUAUAAAAGAGGAACCCUCAACUCCACUUCCAGUGUGAAAUCUUCAGAGAAGGCUCUCUUUAGUUCUUGGGUAGAAGAAGGGAAAAGGUACUUUUUUAAAAAUGUCCAUGGUACAAGAAUUCCUCAAGCAGGCCUGGUUUAUUGACAAUGAAGAACAAGAAUACAUUAAAACUGUGAAAGGAUCCAAAGGUGGUCAUGGCUCAGCAGUGGGUCCCUACCCAAGCUUCAAUCCAUCCUCGGAUGUUGAGGCCUUGCAUAAAGCGAUAACAGUUAAAGGUGUGGAUGAAGCAACUAUCAUUGACAUUCUGACUAAGAGAAAUAAUGCACAGCGCCAACAGAUCAAGGCAGCAUAUCUCCAGGAAAAAGGAAAGCCCCUGGAUGAAGCUCUGAAAAAAGCCCUUUCUGGUCACCUUGAAGAGGUAGUUUUGGCUCUAUUGAAAACUCCAGCCCAGUUUGAUGCUGAUGAGCUAUAUGGGGCCAUGAAGGGUCUUGGAACUGAUGAAGAUACUCUGAAUGAAAUUCUGGCAUCAAGAACUAACAGAGAAAUCAGAGAAAUUAACAGAGUGUAUAGGGAAGAACUCAAGAGAGAUCUGGUCAAAGACAUCACCUCAGACACUUCUGGAGAUUACAGGAAGACCUUGCUUUCUCUUGUUAAGGGUGACCGAGCUGAGGAUGUUGGCAUGAGUGAAGAUUUGGCCGAUACAGAUGCCAGGGCCUUAUAUGAAGCAGGAGAAAAAAGGAAAGGGACAGAUGUGAAUGUGUUCAAUACCAUUCUUACCACCAGAAGCUACCCCCAUCUCCGCAGAGUGUUUCAGAAGUAUGGCAAGUACAGUGAGCAUGACAUGAACAAAGUUCUGCAAUUGGAGAUGAAAGGCGACGUUGAAAAAUGCUUCCAAACUAUUGUGAUGUGUGCCACAAGCAAGCCAAGGUUCUUUGCUGAGGAGCUGCAUCGUGCCAUGAAGGGUUCUGGAACUCGUCAUAAGAAAUUGAUCAGAAUUAUGGUUUCCCGUUCUGAAAUUGACAUGAAUGAUAUCAAAGUAUACUAUCAGCAGUUGUAUGGAAAAUCUCUCUGCCAAGCCAUUCUGGAUGAAACUAAGGGAGAUUAUGAAAAAAUCCUGGUGGAACUCUGUGGGGGAAACUAAGCAUUCCUUUGAUGAUCUCAACUUUUUGACCACAAGAUUUUUUCAUCAUUAUCUUUUCAUUCCGUAUCAUAGACCUAAGUAAGAAAGUUUAUUAAAGAGGAUUACAGUCUAGCUGCCUCCUAAAAAAUAUAACCUAUAAGUCAUUUUUUAUCACAACUCUGUAUAAAGAAUGUUUUUGUUAAGUAUGUUUACCGAUAAACUAUACACUUCCUUAAACAGAUUGUUCUAGUAACAUCACCUGACAAGGAUGUUUGUGUAGCUGAAAAUAAAAUGCUUUUUUAAGACAA